GACAAAAACCACAAAGCAAAUACAAAAAGAGUUGCGUGCGGUUGCUGAGCUGGAGCAAAUGCCGCCAUCAAAAAUUAGAAGCCACCCACCGGGCAGCAAUAAAUACGUAAACAAUCAAACUAAUAUCAAGCAAUUACUUAAAAAGUAUGUAACAUUCGAGUAUGUAAAGUGUUUGGUGUUUGAUCCCGCGGCAUUACCUGUGGUAACGAUAUUCAUUUUGUUGGCGGAGCUGGUACUAAAUGUUUUGGUGAUAUGGCGUGUACCUUAUACAGAAAUAGAUUGGAUCGCUUACAUGCAACAAUGCGAAGGAUUUCUAAAUGGAACCUUAAAUUAUGCUCUACUCAAAGGUGAUACCGGACCGUUAGUAUAUCCUGCAGCAUUUGUAUAUAUAUAUACGGGACUUUACUAUAUAACAUCACAUGGGCAAAAUAUACGCCUAGCACAAUAUAUAUUUGUGUGCAUAUACCUGGUACAAAUGUGGCUUGUGCUCCGCCUCUACACUAAAAGCCGCAAGGUCCCACCAUAUGUGCUGGUGAUAAGUGCCUUUACCUCAUAUCGCAUACAUUCUAUUUACGUUCUGCGGCUUUUCAAUGAUCCCAUAGCCAUAUUAUUCUUAUACGCUGCCCUUAACUUAUUCUUGGAUCGACAUUGGACUCUUGGUAGUACGUUCUUUAGUCUGGCCGUAGGCGUAAAAAUGAAUAUUUUACUAUUUGCACCUGCAUUGCUACUAUUUUACUUGGCAAAUUUGGGUUACUUUAAAACCUUCCUACAGUUAGCAGUUUGCGGCUGUUUACAGAUACUUUUGGGAGCUCCUUUUUUGAUUACAUAUCCUAUGCAAUACAUAAAAGGCAGUUUCAAUUUUGGACGUAUAUUUGAACACAAAUGGACCGUUAACUACAGGUUCCUGUCGCGCGAUUUGUUUGAAGAUAAAAUUUUUCACACUUCUCUACUGGUAGCCCAUCUAUUACUUCUAGCAUUAUUUGCUAAGCCGGUGUACACAUUUUUUAAGAACUAUGUACGCCUACGAGCACUACAAGAUCAGUUGCAGCCACAAAUCCAACGCAAAAAUCUGGAAAUAAAGGGAAUUCAUAGUAAAGGAGCAAAAAAGCACAAUAAAAUCAAAGAACCAAAGCCGCUCGAGAAAGAAGAGGAAUUAACACCUGACCAACAGGCUUUCUUAAACUCAUUUGAGAAGGGACUACAAAAAACAACUGGACUAAAAAAGCCACCCCAAAACCAAGAUCUAAUUUUAGAGAAUGAGCAUAAGGUUUCUAUACACUUUGAAAGGUGUACGCAGCUUGCAAUCUUACCAUUCUUCUUGUGCAAUUUCAUUGGGUUGGUGUGCGCACGUUCUUUGCACUAUCAAUUCUACGUUUGGUACUUUCAUUCAUUGCCUUACCUCACAUGGUCCACAGAUUAUAGUUUAGGUAUACGAUUUCUAUUGCUUGGUUUAAUUGAACUGUGCUGGAAUACAUACCCAAGUACGGAUAUCUCCAGUGGACUACUCCAUGUGUGCCAUUUCGUGUUGUUAUUUGGUGUAGGUAAAAAUUUAUUCAAAACAACAGUACAAAGUGCCGCAAUAAGAUCGAUGCAAGACCAAGAGGGGAAUGGAACUAUUAAGGCUAAGCUAAAAUAAAAACCAAAUUAUGUGAGGGUGUUCAAGCUUCCAACACUAAAUAAUGUGUGUAAAUAAAUAAAACUUGAAUAGUGAACUUAAAACAUUUUAAAAU